ACGUUUACCGGUAUUAAAAUUAAUGGCUCCUGCUCUUGCAAAAUUUCCACCUUAUACAGGCCAAGAACUACCUAAUGAUUACUUGAAUAAAGUUAUUCAAUCAUGGGCAUAUCUUGAAGGGUAUAUGACGGUUCUUGAAAAUGCAAAUACAGGAGAUUUUAACAAUGCGGUCAA